AUGUUCUGGCAAAUACAAGUUCACACAAAAGAUCAGCAGUUUCAAGGUAUUGUAUGGAGAGACGAUCCAUCAAAAGUUGUACAGAGCUAUAAACUUACAACUGUGACAUAUGGAUUGAUCACUUCACCAUAUCAUGCCUUACGUGUCUUAAAACAAUUAGCAUUGUUUGAACAAGACAGCUACCCAAUAGGAGUUAAGAUCUUAUUAAAUGAUUUUUAUGUUGAUGAAGUCAUGACUGGUAGUGACAAUCUAAGACAGUGUUCUCAAACUCAAAUUAUCUACAGGCCAUAUAUUUUUUCAAAAAAAGUUCGAGGGCCAAAUUCUAAGUGUCCUCUUUUUUACUUGUACACUAAAAACUGA